GUUUCUGUUGGUACAUCUCCCCUCUCUCAAAUGGUUGGCAUGCAUUCAGUUUGCCUAGGGUUUGUUUAGGGUUUUUUUCUGUGUGCAGCUGCUUCUUUCGCCAUCAUCCGUCGUUACAUCUCCAAACAAGAUGGUUUUGCCAAACGAUGUUGAUCUGCUUAAUCCACCAGCUGAGUUGGAGAAGAGGAAGCAUAAGCUCAAGCGUCUUGUCCAGUCUCCAAACUCUUUCUUCAUGGACGUGAAGUGCCAAGGUUGUUUCAACAUAACAACUGUAUUUAGCCACUCUCAAACGGUGGUGGUAUGUGGGAACUGCCAGACCGUGUUAUGCCAGCCGACCGGUGGCCGUGCUAGGCUCACCGAAGGUUGCUCUUUCCGGAGGAAGGGCGACUGAUCCAAGGGAAUCCAUUUUGCUGCAAUUAUUAUGGUGUUUUGCCUAAUCAGAAGCUGUCUCCGUUACAAAUUGCAAGUUGAGUCUCUUAUGCUUAGCGUUUUACUGUUUCUUCCUUAUGGGAACACAAACAUCAUGUUAGUUUUGAUAACGUUGAUUCCACCCCCCUGUAAUGGCUGAAGUUUUGUUUUUUUUUAAUAUUAUCUAUGGAUGCAUGUUUUGACUACUUCU